GUGGUCCGCCUGCGUGAGGUGCUCGGUACGCCCUCGAGCGUCUAUCUCGUGCUGGACCGUGUCGCUGGCGUCGAGCUCUUCACGCUCGUCGAGCGGCAUGGAGCGCUGCCCGAGCCGUUUGUCGCGCCGCUGAUGGCGCAGCUCUGCCACGCGCUCGCCGCGCUGCACUCGAUCGGCGUCGUUCACUGCGACGUCAAGCCAGAGAACCUCAUCAUCUCGCACUACCCGGCGGAGGGGCGGGAGGCGGACGGCGAGUCGUCUCUGCCGCCGCAGCUCACGCUGAUCGACUUUGGGUACGCGGCGACGCUCGCAGAGGGCGAGAGCUGCGAGGGGCUCGCUGGGUCGCCAGAGUACGCCGCGCCCGAGGUGCUCACCUGGCUCAGCCGCGACCGCCGCGGAGAGCCGUACGGCGGCCCCGCCGACGUCUGGUCGGCGGCGGUGACUGCGCACGUCCUGCUGACGGCCGAGCUGCCCUUCGAGCUGCCCGACGCGGAGGACGCAGACGAGGAGGCGCUCGCGGAGGCGGCACGCCUCACCUCCCUCUCCUUCGAGCAGCCGGAGUGGGCCCUCGCGGAGCAGGCGAGGGCGUGGGUCGCGGCCUGCAUGGCGCCCAGCCAGGCCGACCGGCCGACCGCCUCGGAGGCGCGCGCGCUGCCCUGGCUGCAGAGGCACCCGGGCGACGUGACAGAG